UCCAUACAUUUUCAGCACCAUGGACAGUUCAAUUGUGCACACCUUGCGGAUAGUGACAGGUAUAAAAGCCCAAAAGAAGCACCCUGUAGUUUAUACACCGUAUCGAGCCACAGGAUGGAGCGAAAACCGGGGUUGCGUGAUCGAACAACUCCAGCCGAAUAUGUUCACUACAAGCCCACCACCACUGCAGCAUCGCAGAGCGGUACCCCCAUGAUGGGGGACUACGAUUGGAAAGACAAUGUCACCGCUACGUUUCCAACGAAGACAACGAAGACGAACGAGAAAGAGAUGCUUCACGGCCUGAACGACCGUUUCGCGAGUUUCAUCGAGAAGGUGCGUCACUUGGAGCACCAGAACGAGCUGCUGGAACGAGAGAUCGAGGACAUCCGACAGAAAGAGCAGACCCCGGCGUCUCUGCAGCAGACCUUCGGACCCGAGCUGGAGGACCUGCGAAAGCUGCUGCGUGACAUCACACACCAGAAACACCAGAUCGAGGUAGAGCACCAGACCCUGGAGCAGGACCUGAUCGACCUGAGGGACAAAUACGACACCGAGGUAAGCGUCAGAGCUGACGCCGAGACCAACAUCGUCCUCUUGAAAAGGGACAUCGACGACGCGUAUCGGGCCAAACUUGAGCUCGACAAGAAGUCCCAGGCCAUCUCUGAGGAAAUCGACGCUUUGAAGAGGAACCACGACUCUGAGGUGUCACAGCUGAUCGCACAACUCAACGAUGCGCAAGAAGGAGCCUCUGUUAGAGCGAGCGAGUUUGGGUGUCCCGAACUCACUGCCGCACUCCGGGAUAUCCGGGCACAGCUGGAAGACCACGCCGUGUCCGACCUCCACAAGGCGGAGGAAAGUUAUCACAUCCAGGUUUCAAAGUUAACCGAGGCGACUGAAAUGAAGCGCGAGGCGCUGAAGGCGUCCAAGCUGGAGAUCCAGGAAUACAGGAAGAGACUGCAGAGCAAGAGUGUCGAGCUGGACUGCGUUAAAGGAACACGAGAAGCUCUGGAAAGGCAACUUCGCGAGAUCGAGGAAUGCCAUAACGAGGAAAUCAUUCAUUAUCAGGACACUAUCAAAGAGCUAGAAAACGAGCUCAUCAAUAUCAAAUUUGACAUGUCGAGUCACCUGAGAGAAUACCACGACCUACUGAAUGUGAAAAUGGCUCUGGAUGUGGAAAUACUCUCUUACAGAAAACUCCUGGAAGGCGAGGAGAGUCGUCUUUCGGCCGUCUCGGACUCCCAGCAGCAACUCCCCGCCCCCUACAUCUACAGACAGUCCCCCAUCUACACCCUGCCCUGUCUGGGGGAGCAGAGGAAGACCCAGAAGCCCCACUACAAGUUUGUGGAGGAGAUCGUCACCGAAACCACCAGGGAAAUAGAGAUGUCCGAGUUUGAAGAGACUGGCUCGGAAGAAGAGGAGGAAGAGAUGAAUCGGGGAGAUCAAAAAGAGGAAAAAUAUGUCAAAAGUGAGAGUGGGAGGAAGAGAAAGGAUGAAGAAGAAGAGGAGGGUGAGGGUGUGGAAGAUAGUCCAAAGGAGGAAGGUGUGCCGGAGCGUCACGAUGAGCAGCAUCAUGGGGUAGAACAGAGUGAAGAGGAGGAUGAGGAAGGUGUGGUGAGCUGUGAUGAAGAAACACACAUUCAAACACAAAUACAAUUGCCAUGUAGUGAACCUAGCGAACAGUCAAGCAGAGCAGAGGAAACCAGCCAACAAGAGAGCAGAGAUAUAGAUGGAGUUAUGGAUGGAAGUGAGUCAGCAGACAAUGUAGAAAAAGAGGCAGAAGAGACCCAAGAGAACGUUGCUUCUUUAAAACCAGAAUCUGAUACAAAGUCAGAGCUCCUUAUUAAGACAGACCUGUUAAAAGACACAGACACCUUAGAAAGUACAGCAUUAUCGAGGGAUGAUAUCCAACAGAUAUCUGAUAUUGUUGUCACAGUGAAAGUAGAACCAGUAAAGAAAGCAGUUUCCUUAAAACCAGAAUCGUAUACCAGGUCAGAGGUAACAAUAGUGGAUCAACUGUUAAAAGCCACAGAAACCCUAGAAAAGACAGUAGAAGCAAAGCAAGAAGAAGAUUUAAUCAGACAUCAAGAGGUUUUGGAUAUUGUUGAGGCAGGGAAGUUAGAACUAGUAGAGAAAGGUGCUUCCUUAAAACCAGAAUAUGAUACUAGGUCAGAAGUCACUAUGCAGGGUGAAGUGUUACAAACCACAGAAACCUUUGAACAUAUAGUAUCAGCCAAGGAGGACAAUGAUUCAAUGAGAGAGCCGGUGGUAUCUGCUAUUGUUGAUGAAGUGAAGAUUAAGAAGGAUGCCCCUUCAGUCCCCGAUACCAGCUCAGAGGAGACCAAGCAGGAUGAAUUGUUAAAAACCCUAGAACAUACAGAAGAGAAGGAAGUCAAAGAUUCGGUAACAGAUCAAGAGUUAUCUGAAAGUAUUGAAACAUUAAAAGUAGAAAAUACAGAGAAAGUGGUUUCCUUUAAACCAGAAUCUGACACCAGCUCAGAAGUCACUGUGGCGGAUCAACUAUUAAAAACUACAGAAACCCUAGAGAAUACAUUUCAAGCAAAGAAAGAUAAAGAUUUAGUCAGAGAUCAAGAGCUUACUGAUAUUGUUCCCACAUUGGAGGUAGAGCCAGUAAGGAAAGUGACUUCACUAAAACCAGAAUCAGAGACCUUGUCAGAGGUCGCCAUGGAGGGUGAACAGUCACAAAUGACAGAAGCCCUAACAAAAAAUACAGUAGCAACAAAGGAAGAGAAAGAUUCACUGAGAGAUGAAGAUGUAUCUGAUAUUGUUGAGGCAGUAAAGGUAGAACCAAUUGAGAGUGUUGCUUUAAUAAAACCACAAUCUGAUAUGAAGUUUGAGGAGGAACAACAGCUAAAACCCACAGAACCCUUAGAAGAUACAGUAGGAGUGAACGAUUCACAGAGUGACCUUGUGUUAUCUGAUAUCCUUGAUCAAGUAAAGGUAGAAAUAGUACAGAAAGUUGCUGAUGUCGAAUCCAAUCCUAUUACAGAGCACACUAUGGAGGUAGAACUAUUGCAACCCAAAGUAACCCUAGAGCAUAUGGCGGAAGACAAGGACGAUUCUGAAAGAGAGAUGUUAAUGAUGGACGUUUUCGAGGCAGUGAAGGAAAAACCAGCAGAGAAAGUUCCUUCAAUAAGACCAGAAUUGGAAACCAGGUCAGUUGUGACCAUGGAUGAGGGAGAUCACAAACCAUCUGGACAUGUAGAUGGGUCUCUCUCUUUGUCAGAUUAUGCCAUCGACGAACACACUUAUUUGACAACAGACAUUAAGUUGGGUAAUUCCUCUGAGAUAGCAGUAGACCCAGAGAACCUGUCAAAUAUCAUAGGCCAUGUCCAUCCAAGCCCAUCUAAGAGCAAAUUAAUGGAAGCUAGCGGCACAGAACCAGCAGCAAUAGCAAUCAGUGAAACAGACACAGUAAAGCCUAUAAUUCAGAGUGAAGGGACAGAGAGAACUCUUGGUACAGAUCCUCAAAAUGUAGAAAUUGAUAAAAAGUCUGAAGAUAAUCAAGAAGAAACUAAACUUCUAAAAUUAAAAGUUCCAUUGGAGAAGACUCUUGUAGCUGCAGAUGGCAAAGAAUCACAGCAGGAGAUACCGAGCAACAUUGUGCAAAAAACAGAAACACCACAAGAGCCUGAAGUCCCACUCAAGUCUAGUGGAGAACUGUCUGAAAUGCAACCCAGUGGUAUUUAUGAGGUAAGGGUGGAGGACACUGAAGAGCUCAAAGAAUUACAGUUGGAUGAGGCAAGCAGCACAAUCCAUGAAAUGGAAACAGAAAUAUCUCAAAAGCCAGAUCUCCCUCUCAAGUCUAGUGGAGAUCCUUCUGAAAGCCAAACCAGUGGAUCGUCUGAGGUGAAGGUGGACCAACCUGAAGGUGUCAAAAAAUCACAGCAGGAGCCAGUAACAAGUAGCACAGUCCAGAAAACAGAAACAUCUCGAGAAACUCUCAAGCCUAGUGGGGAACCUUUUGAAUACCAACCCAUUGGUAUCUUUGAGGCAAAGGUGGAGAAAACUGCAGAUUUCAAAGCAUUACCACAGGAGAUAUCAAGCAGCGCAGCCCGGAAAACAGAAACAGAAACAUCAGAUGCGUAUGAAGUCCCCGUCAAGUCUGUUGAAGAGCAGUUUGAAAUUCAACCCAGUGAGACAUCUGAUGUAGAGGAAGAGAGAACUGUAUACCUCAAAGAAUCAGAGCAUGAGAAAACCAUCAGCCCAGUCCAGAAAACUGAACCUUCUCAAGAACCUCCCAAGUUUAGAGGACAACCCUCUGAAAGCCAACCCAUUGGAUUUUCUGAUAUGAUGGUGGAGAAAACUGCUGAUUUCAAACAAUUAGAACAGGAGAUAAGAAGCCCAGUUCAGAAAACUGAAACAUUGCCAGAGCCUCAAGUCCCCUUUGAGUCUACUGGAGAACCUUCUGAAAGCCAAACCAGUGGGGCAUCUGAGGCAGAGAAGACUGUAGAUCAAAAGGAAUUAGAGCAGGAGAAAACCAACAACCUGCUCAAGAAAACAGAAACUUCUCAAAAACCUCUCAAGAUUAGUGCGGAACCUUCUGAAAGUCAACCCAUAGUAUCACCUGUGGCAGAGGUGGAGAAGACUGAAGAUGUGGAAGCAUUAAAACAGGAGUUACCAAGAAGCACAGUCCAUGAAACAGAAACAGAAAUAUCUCAAGUACCUGAAGUCCCCCUGAAGUCUGGUGGAGAUCCUUCUGAAAGCAUAAUCCAUGAUAUUUCUGAGGUGGAGAAAACUGCUGAUCACAAAGAAUUACAACAGGAGAUAACAAGCCACCCGGUCCAAAAAACAGAAACACCACAAGAGCCUAAAGACAGCCUCAAGCCUAGUGGAAAAUCUUCUGAAAGCCAAACCAGUGGAUCGUCUGAGGUAAAGGUGGACCAACCUGAAGGUGUCAAAGAAUCACAGCAGGAGCAAGUAACAAGUAGCACAGUCCAGAAAACAGAAACAUCUCAAGAAACUCUCAAGCCUAGUGGGGAACCUUUUGAAUACCAACCCAUUGGUAUCUUUGAGGCAAAGGUGGAGAAACCUGCAGAUUUCAAAGCAUUACCACAGGAGAUAUCAAGCAGCCCAUCCCGGAAAACAGAAACAGAAACAUCUCAUGCGUCUGAAGUUCCUGUCAAGUCUGUUGAAGAGCAGUUUGAAAUUCAACCCCGUGAGACAUCUGAUGUAGAGGAAGAGAAAACUGUAUACCUCAAAGAAUCAGGGCAUGAGAAAACCAUCAGCCCAGUCCAGAAAACUGAAUCUUCUCAAGAACCUCCCAAAUUUAGAGGAGAACCCUCUGAAAGCCAACCCAUUGGAUUUUCUGAUGUGAAGGUGGAGAAAACUGCUGAUCUCAAACAAUUAGAACAGGAGAUAAGAAGCCCAGUUCAGAAAACUGAAACAUUGCAAGAGCAUGAGGUCCCCUUAAAGUCUACUGGAGAACCUUCUGAAAGCCAAACCAGUGGGGCAUCUGAGGCAGAGAAGACUGUAGAUCAAAAGGAAUUAGAGCAGGAGAAAAACAACAACCUGCUCAAGAAAACAGAAACUUCUCAAAAACCUCUCAAGAUUAGUGCAGAACCUUCUGAAAGUCAACCCAUAGUAUCACCUGUGGCAAAGGUGGAGAAGACUGAAGAUGCCGAAGCAUUAAAACAGGAGAUACCAAGCAGCACAGUCCAUGAAACGGAAACAGAAAUAUCUGAAGUACCUGACGUCCCCCUGCAGUCUGGUGGAGAUCCUUCUGAAAGCCUAAUCCAUGAUAUUUCUGAGGUGGAGAAAACUGCUGAUCACAAAGAAUUACAACAGGAGAUAACAAGCCACCUUGUACAAAAAACAGAAACACCACAAGAGCCUAAAGACAGCCUCAAGCCUAGUGGAAAAUCUUCUGAAAGCCAAACCAGUGGAUCGUCUGAGGUAAAGGUGGACCAACCUGAAGGUGUCAAAGAAUCACAGCAGGAGCAAGUAACAAGUAGCACAGUCCAGAAAACAGAAACAUCUCAAGAAACUCUCAAGCCUAGUGGGGAACCUGCUGAAUACCAACCCAUUGGUAUCUCUGAGGCAAAGGUGGAGAAAACUGCAGAUUUCAAAGCAUUACCACAGGAGAUAUCAAGCAGCCCAGCCCGGAAAACAGAAACAGAAACAUCUCAUGCGUCUGAAGUUCCUGUCAAGUCUGUUGAAGAGCAGUUUGAAAUUCAACCCCGUGAGACAUCUGAUGUAGAGGAAGAGAAAACUGUAUACCUCAAAGAAUCAGGGCAUGAGAAAACCAUCAGCCCAGUCCAGAAAACUGAAUCUUCUCAAGAACCUCCCAAAUUUAGAGGAGAACCCUCUGAAAGCCAACCCAUUGGAUUUUCUGAUGUGAAGGUGGAGAAAACUGCUGAUCUCAAACAAUUAGAACAGGAGAUAAGAAGCCCAGUUCAGAAAACUGAAACAUUGCAAGAGCAUGAGGUCCCCUUAAAGUCUACUGGAGAACCUUCUGAAAGCCAAACCAGUGGGGCAUCUGAGGCAGAGAAGACUGUAGAUCAAAAGGAAUUAGAGCAGGAGAAAAACAACAACCUGCUCAAGAAAACAGAAACUUCUCAAAAACCUCUCAAGAUUAGUGCAGAACCUUCUGAAAGUCAACCCAUAGUAUCACCUGUGGCAAAGGUGGAGAAGACUGAAGAUGCCGAAGCAUUAAAACAGGAGAUACCAAGCAGCACAGUCCAUGAAACGGAAACAGAAAUAUCUGAAGUACCUGACGUCCCCCUGCAGUCUGGUGGAGAUCCUUCUGAAAGCCUAAUCCAUGAUAUUUCUGAGGUGGAGAAAACUGCUGAUCACAAAGAAUUACAACAGGAGAUAACAAGCCACCUUGUACAAAAAACAGAAACACCACAAGAGCCUAAAGACAGCCUCAAGCCUAGUGGAAAAUCUUCUGAAAGCCAAACCAGUGGAUCGUCUGAGGUAAAGGUGGACCAACCUGAAGGUGUCAAAGAAUCACAGCAGGAGCAAGUAACAAGUAGCACAGUCCAGAAAACAGAAACAUCUCAAGAAACUCUCAAGCCUAGUGGGGAACCUGCUGAAUACCAACCCAUUGGUAUCUCUGAGGCAAAGGUGGAGAAAACUGCAGAUUUCAAAGCAUUACCACAGGAGAUAUCAAGCAGCCCAGCCCGGAAAACAGAAACAGAAACAUCUCAUGCGUCUGAAGUUCCUGUCAAGUCUGUUGAAGAGCAGUUUGAAAUUCAACCCCGUGAGACAUCUGAUGUAGAGGAAGAGAAAACUGUAUACCUCAAAGAAUCAGGGCAUGAGAAAACCAUCAGCCCAGUCCAGAAAACUGAAUCUUCUCAAGAACCUCCCAAAUUUAGAGGAGAACCCUCUGAAAGCCAACCCAUUGGAUUUUCUGAUGUGAAGGUGGAGAAAACUGCUGAUCUCAAACAAUUAGAACAGGAGAUAAGAAGCCCAGUUCAGAAAACUGAAACAUUGCAAGAGCAUGAGGUCCCCUUAAAGUCUACUGGAGAACCUUCUGAAAGCCAAACCAGUGGGGCAUCUGAGGCAGAGAAGACUGUAGAUCAAAAGGAAUUAGAGCAGGAGAAAAACAACAACCUGCUCAAGAAAACAGAAACUUCUCAAAAACCUCUCAAGAUUAGUGCAGAACCUUCUGAAAGUCAACCCAUAGUAUCACCUGUGGCAAAGGUGAAGAAGACUGAAGAUGCCGAAGCAUUAAAACAGGAGAUACCAAGCAGCACAGUCCAUGAAACGGAAACAGAAAUAUCUGAAGUGCCUAAAGACCCCCUGCAGUCUGGUGGAGAUCUUUCUGUAAGCCUAAUCCAUGAUAUUUCUGAGGUGGAGAAAACUGCUGAUCACAAAGAAUUACAACAGGAGAUAACAAGCCACCCUGUACAAAAAACAGAAACACCACAAGAGCCUAAAGACAGCCUCAAGCCUAGUGGAAAAUCUUCUGAAAGCCAAACCAGUGGAUCGUCGGAGGUAAAGGUGGACCAACCUGAAGGUGUCAAAGAAUCACAGCAGGAGCAAGUAACAAGUAGCACAGUCCAGAAAACAGAAACAUCUCAAGAAACUCUCAAGCCUAGUGGGGAACCUUUUGAAUACCAACCCAUUGGUAUCUUUGAGGCAAAGGUGGAGAAACCUGCAGAUUUCAAAGCAUUACCACAGGAGAUAUCAAGCAGCCCAUCCCGGAAAACAGAAACAGAAACAUCUCAUGCGUCUGAAGUUCCUGUCAAGUCUGUUGAAGAGCAGUUUGAAAUUCAACCCCGUGAGACAUCUGAUGUAGAGGAAGAGAAAACUGUAUACCUCAAAGAAUCAGGGCAUGAGAAAACCAUCAGCCCAGUCCAGAAAACUGAAUCUUCUCAAGAACCUCCCAAAUUUAGAGGAGAACCCUCUGAAAGCCAACCCAUUGGAUUUUCUGAUGUGAAGGUGGAGAAAACUGCUGAUCUCAAACAAUUAGAACAGGAGAUAAGAAGCCCAGUUCAGAAAACUGAAACAUUGCAAGAGCAUGAGGUCCCCUUAAAGUCUACUGGAGAACCUUCUGAAAGCCAAACCAGUGUGGCAUCUGAGGCAGAGAAGACUGUAGAUCAAAAGGAAUUAGAGCAGGAGAAAAACAACAACCUGCUCAAGAAAACAGAAACUUCUCAAAAACCUCUCAAGAUUAGUGCAGAACCUUCUGAAAGUCAACCCAUAGUAUCACCUGUGGCAAAGGUGGAGAAGACUGAAGAUGCCGAAGCAUUAAAACAGGAGAUACCAAGCAGCACAGUCCAUGAAACGGAAACAGAAAUAUCUGAAGUACCUGACGUCCCCCUGCAGUCUGGUGGAGAUCCUUCUGAAAGCAUAAUCCAUGAUAUUUCUGAGGUGGAGAAAACUGCUGAUCACAAAGAAUUACAACAGGAGAUAACAAGCCACCUUGUACAAAAAACAGAAACACCACAAGAGCCUAAAGACAGCCUCAAGCCUAGUGGAAAAUCUUCUGAAAGCCAAACCAGUGGAUCGUCUGAGGUAAAGGUGGACCAACCUGAAGGUGUCAAAGAAUCACAGCAGGAGCAAGUAACAAGUAGCACAGUCCAGAAAACAGAAACAUCUCAAGAAACUCUCAAGCCUAGUGGGGAACCUGCUGAAUACCAACCCAUUGGUAUCUCUGAGGCAAAGGUGGAGAAAACUGCAGAUUUCAAAGCAUUACCACAGGAGAUAUCAAGCAGCCCAGCCCGGAAAACAGAAACAGAAACAUCUCAUGCGUCUGAAGUUCCUGUCAAGUCUGUUGAAGAGCAGUUUGAAAUUCAACCCCGUGAGACAUCUGAUGUAGAGGAAGAGAAAACUGUAUACCUCAAAGAAUCAGGGCAUGAGAAAACCAUCAGCCCAGUCCAGAAAACUGAAUCUUCUCAAGAACCUCCCAAAUUUAGAGGAGAACCCUCUGAAAGCCAACCCAUUGGAUUUUCUGAUGUGAAGGUGGAGAAAACUGCUGAUCUCAAACAAUUAGAACAGGAGAUAAGAAGCCCAGUUCAGAAAACUGAAACAUUGCAAGAGCAUGAGGUCCCCUUAAAGUCUACUGGAGAACCUUCUGAAAGCCAAACCAGUGGGGCAUCUGAGGCAGAGAAGACUGUAGAUCAAAAGGAAUUAGAGCAGGAGAAAAACAACAACCUGCUCAAGAAAACAGAAACUUCUCAAAAACCUCUCAAGAUUAGUGCAGAACCUUCUGAAAGUCAACCCAUAGUAUCACCUGUGGCAAAGGUGAAGAAGACUGAAGAUGCCGAAGCAUUAAAACAGGAGAUACCAAGCAGCACAGUCCAUGAAACGGAAACAGAAAUAUCUGAAGUGCCUAAAGACCCCCUGCAGUCUGGUGGAGAUCUUUCUGUGAAGAAGACUGAAGAUGCCGAAGCAUUAAAACAGGAGAUACCAAGCAGCACAGUCCAUGAAACGGAAACAGAAAUAUCUGAAGUGCCUAAAGACCCCCUGCAGUCUGGUGGAGAUCUUUCUGUAAGCCUAAUCCAUGAUAUUUCUGAGGUGGAGAAAACUGCUGAUCACAAAGAAUUACAACAGGAGAUAACAAGCCACCCUGUACAAAAAACAGAAACACCACAAGAGCCUAAAGACAGCCUCAAGCCUAGUGGAAAAUCUUCUGAAAGCCAAACCAGUGGAUCGUCUGAGGUAAAGGUGGACCAACCUGAAGGUGUCAAAGAAUCACAGCAGGAGCAAGUAACAAGUAGCACAGUCCAGAAAACAGAAACAUCUCAAGGAACUCUCAAGCCUAGUGGGGAACCUUUUGAAUACCAACCCAUUGGUAUCUUUGAGGCAAAGGUGGAGAAACCUGCAGAUUUCAAAGCAUUACCACAGGUGAUAUCAAGCAGCCCAUCCCUGAAAACAGAAACAGAAACAUCUCAUGCGUCUGAAGUUCCUGUCAAGUCUGUUGAAGAGCAGUUUGAAAUUCAACCCCGUGAGACAUCUGAUGUAGAGGAAGAGAAAACUGUAUACCUCAAAGAAUCAGGGCAUGAGAAAACCAUCAGCCCAGUCCAGAAAACUGAAUCUUCUCAAGAACCUCCCAAAUUUAGAGGAGAACCCUCUGAAAGCCAACCCAUUGGAUUUUCUGAUGUGAAGGUGGAGAAAACUGCUGAUCUCAAACAAUUAGAACAGGAGAUAAGAAGCCCAGUUCAGAAAACUGAAACAUUGCAAGAGCAUGAGGUCCCCUUAAAGUCUACUGGAGAAGCUUCUGAAAGCCAAACCAGUGGGGCAUCUGAGGCAGAGAAGACUGUAGAUCAAAAGGAAUUAGAGCAGGAGAAAAACAACAACCUGCUCAAGAAAACAGAAACUUCUCAAAAACCUCCCAAGAUUAGUGCAGAACCUUCUGAAAGUCAACCCAUAGUAUCACCUGUGGCAAAGGUGGAGAAGACUGAAGAUGCCGAAGCAUUAAAACAGGAGAUACCAAGCAGCACAGUCCAUGAAACGGAAACAGAAAUAUCUGAAGUACCUGACGUCCCCCUGCAGUCUGGUGGAGAUCCUUCUGAAAGCCUAAUCCAUGAUAUUUCUGAGGUGGAGAAAACUGCUGAUCACAAAGAAUUACAACAGGAGAUAACAAGCCACCUUGUACAAAAAACAGAAACACCACAAGAGCCUAAAGACAGCCUCAAGCCUAGUGGAAAAUCUUCUGAAAGCCAAACCAGUGGAUCGUCUGAGGUAAAGGUGGACCAACCUGAAGGUGUCAAAGAAUCACAGCAGGAGCAAGUAACAAGUAGCACAGUCCAGAAAACAGAAACAUCUCAAGAAACUCUCAAGCCUAGUGGGGAACCUGCUGAAUACCAACCCAUUGGUAUCUCUGAGGCAAAGGUGGAGAAAACUGCAGAUUUCAAAGCAUUACCACAGGAGAUAUCAAGCAGCCCAGCCCGGAAAACAGAAACAGAAACAUCUCAUGCGUCUGAAGUUCCUGUCAAGUCUAUUGAAGAGCAGUUUGAAAUUCAACCCCGUGAGACAUCUGAUGUAGAGGAAGAGAAAACUGUAUACCUCAAAGAAUCAGAGCAUGAGAAAACCAUCAGCCCAGUGCAGAAAACUGAACCUUCUCAAGAACCUCCCAAGUUCAGAGGAGAACCCUCUGAAAGCAAACCCAUUGGAUUUUCUGAUGUGAAGGUGGAGAAAACUGCUGAUCUCAAACAAUUAGAACAGGAGAUAAGAAGCCCAGUUCAGAAAACUGAAACAUUGCAAGAGCCUGAAGUCCCCUUUAAGUCUACUGGAGAACCUUCUGAAAGCCAAACCAGUGGGGCAUCUGAGGCAGAGAAGACUGUAGAUCAAAAGGAAUUAGAGCAGGAGAAAACCAACAACCUGCUCAAGAAAACAGAAACUUCUCAAAAACCUCUCAAGAUUAGUGCAGAACCUUCUGAAAGUCAACCCAUAGUAUCACCUGUGGCAAAGGUGGAGAAGACUGAAGAUGUCGAAGCAUUAAAACAGGAGAUACCAAGCAGCACAGUCCAUGAACCGAAAACUGAAAUAUCUCAAGUACCUGACGUCCCCCUGCAGUCUGGUGGAGAUCCUUCUGAAAGCCUAAUCCAUGAUAUUUCAGAGGUGGAGAAAACUGCAGAUCACAAAGAAUUACAACAGGCGAUAACAAGCCACCCUGUCCAAAAAACAGAAACACCACAAGAGCCUAAAGACAGCCUCAAGCCUAGUGGAAAAUCUUCUGGAAUCCAAACCACCGGAUCGUCUGAGGUGCAGGUGGACCAACCUGAAGGUGUCAAAGAAUCACAGCAGGAGCAAGUAUCAAGUAGCACAGUCCAGAAAACAGAAACAUCUCAAGAACCUCUCAAGGCUAGUAGACAACCUUUUGAAUACCAACCUAUUGGCAUCUUUGAGGCAAAGGUGGAGAAAACUGCAGAUGUCAAAGUAUUACAACAGGAGAUAUCAAGCAGCCCAGUCUGGAAAACGGAAACAGAAACUUCUCAUGCCCCUGAAGUCCCAGUCAAGUGUGUUGAAGAGCUAUCAGAAAUUCAACCCAGUGAGACAUCAGAUAUAGAGGUUGAGAAAACAGUAUACCUCAAAGAAUCAGGGCAGGAGAUAACAAGCAGCCCAGUUCAGAAAACUGAAACUUCUCAAGAACCUCCCAAGUCUGGUGGAGAAGCCUCUAAAAGCCAACCCAUUGGUUUUUCUGAUGUGAAGGAGGGGAAAACUGCUGAUCUCAAAGAAUUAGAGCAGGAGAUAAGAAGCCCGGUUCAGAAAACUGAAACUUUUCAAGAGCCUGAAGUCCCAUUAAAAUCUAGUGGAGAACCUUCUGAAAGCCAAACCACUGGGGCGUCUGAGGCAGAGAACCCUGUAGAUCUCAAAGAAUCAGAGCAAGAGAAAAGAAGCACCACGCUAAAAAAAACUGAAACUGAAAACUCUGAGGCAAAGGUGGAGAAGACUGAAGAUGUCAAAGCAUUACAACAGGAGAUACCAAGCAGCACAAUCUGCAAGUCAGAAACCUCUCAAAAGCCUGUUGCACCAAUCUUUUCUAGUGGAUCAGCUACUGAAAGCCAAACCAGUGGUUGGUCUGAGGUGAAGGUGGAGAAAACAGAAGAUGUCAAAGAAUCACAGCAGGGUCUAACAAGUAGCUCAAUCCCAAAAACCGAAAUUUACCAAGGGCUGCCAAAAUCUAGUGAAGAAACAAGCAACACAAUCCAGAAAACAGAAACAUCUCCAAGCUCACUAGACCUCAAGUCUAGUGAAGAGCCUUCUAAAUGCCGGACCACUGAAUCGUCUCAGGUCGAGAAGACCAAACCCUCAGGCCAUGAUCAAGAUAUUUCAACCUCCAGUUUGAAUGGUGGUGAUUAUGGGAAGGUUGAAGAUGAGAAAACUAAACCAAUAGACGUCGUUGAGGCAAAAGACCAGUUGUGACCAAAGACAAGAUGAGAAUUAAACAUCAUGACCAUGUCAUCGGUAAACAAGACAUGGUCAAAUGCUUACAAUGUUUUGCAAUAGCCCUUUGGAAACCUGAUGAUAUACAUCAACACUGUGAAAAUAUUAAUGUUUAAACAGCAUGAUGUUAAUCUAUUAAUCAAAUGCUGGAUGUAGGCUGCUUUACAUCAGAACUGAAGCAAAUUAUACAUUGUCUGAAAUAAAUACCAAUAAAACUAAUUCAAAAUGA